CAUCCAGUAAUAAUAAUUGUUAUUACUGUAAAAAUAGAAAAAAGUAAAUCCAGAUAAUAGAGUAGCGAAAUGUCAUGAAAGAAAACGAAAUUGAAGUUGUUAUUAGUUGAAAUAGUGACAACGUUGAACCGAUCUCGUGAUCGGAAUCGGAAACUAGAAACAAAACAAAAAUGUAUUACUGGGUUGGAGCCAAUUCUUCUGAUUACGCCGGAACUCCUCCCCAACCUCGCAGUGGUCAUUCUGCUGUUAACAUCGGAAAAUCCAAGGUUGUCGUCUUCGGUGGUCUUGUCGACAAGAAAUUUCUCAGUGAUAUCUAUGUUUACGAUAUUGAGGCUAAGCUAUGGUAUCAGCCAGAGUGCACAGGAAGUGAUUCAGAUGGACAUGUGGGUCCCAGUCCACGAGCAUUCCAUGUUGCUGUUUCCAUUGAUUGUCACAUGUUCAUUUUUGGUGGCCGUUCUGGUGGUCAAAGGUUGGGGGACUUUUGGGUUUUGGAUACUGAUAUAUGGCAAUGGUCUGAACUAACUGGCUUUGGCGACUUGCCUUCACCGCGAGAUUUUGCUGCAGCUUCAUCUAUUGGGAACCGGAAAAUCGUUAUGUAUGGUGGAUGGGAUGGAAAAAAGUGGCUCUCUGAUGUUUAUGCCUUGGACACAAUAUCCCUUGAGUGGACGGAGCUCUCAGUUUCUGGAACAUUGCCACAACCUAGGUGCGGGCAUACUGCCACAAUGGUCGAAAAACGAUUGCUUGUUUAUGGUGGAAGAGGAGGAGGUGGACCAAUUAUGGGUGAUUUGUGGGCCUUGAAGGGCCUUAUUGAAGAAGAGAAUGAAACACCCGGGUGGACUCAAUUAAAGCUUCCAGGUCAAGCUCCUUCUCCUCGAUGUGGCCAUUCAGUUACAUCUGCGGGACACUAUGCGAUUUUGCAGUUGCUGAUGUUUGGAGGGCAUGGGACUGGUGGAUGGUUGAGUCGUUAUGACAUCUAUUAUAAUGAUUGCGUUGUAUUGGACAGAGUUUCAGCACAGUGGAAACGGCUGUCCGUAGGCAAUGAACCCCCUCCUGCUCGAGCAUACCACUCUAUGACAAUUAUUGGUUCACGGUAUCUGCUAAUCGGUGGCUUUGAUGGGAAAUCAACAUAUGGCGAGCCAUGGUGGUUAGUCCCUCAAGAUGACCCAAUUGCAAAUAGGUUAACUGCAUCUCCAUCGAGAAAUAUUUCUGAAAGUAAGGAUGCAGCCUCACUUAAUGGUAAUUUUCAACCUCAAUUCAAGGAAAACCAACCAGAGAAAUUUCCUCUUUCAGAAUUGCAACGAAGAUUGCAAAUAUCAGUUUCACAGUCCAAUUCAAAGCUUCCAAUUGUGAAUGAGUUGGAAGAUAAAGAGCUUCUUGAAUUAGCAUCAAGAUUAGCAGGUGAAAAGGUUUCUGCAAGUUCGCCGAACGCAAUUGAGGCACUCCGUGAACACUGGAAGAAGGCUGAACCAAAUACAGUCAAACUUAAAGAGCUUGGACCAUUGCUUCGGGAUUACCAACGUCUAAUUCACCGCCUUCAUAUAGAAAAUAGUGCAUCUGGCCAGCAACCUGGAUUUGAUGAACAUGUGAUGCAUUCAUUUUAUCAUGUCAAAAACAUUUCUCAGUUGCGCAUGGCUGAUAUACCAAAACUUUUGGCCGAGUACAGACAGCUUCCUAUGUUACAUUUCUGAAUGUUCUCAACCUUUUUUGUUUAGUUUAUGUAAGUUUUCUUAAAAAACACACAUAAAGAACCUAAUUCAUUUUAAUUUACAUAGUUUGAAAAAGUUAGCAUAAAUAUUUAAUAGUCAAGUUACGAUUGUAAAUGAACGAGUUUCCAUUGAGUCCCUGUGACAUACUAGUCAUUAAUGUCAUCUCAUGCUUUACAGUCCUUCA